UUCUCUGUGCGCUCCCAUUCAUUUCCUGAGGACUGCCCGAGCAGCUGAGAGGCAGACGGGGAGGGAGCCGCUCACUCACAUGCGCUCGCGCUCACUGACGCACGCACACGCACCGACACGCCGCGCGGGGUGAGAGGAGAGGAGAGGAGAGGAGUGGAGAGGAGAGGAGACGGGGAGGAUUGUAAGAAGGGAAAACGGUCUCCACCGGCUCUGCAGCUCCUGACCAGGCAGCCUAAGAAACAGGAUGUUAAUGCUCGACGGAAUGCCUGCAGUCCGAGUCAAAGCUGAGCCCCUGAAAUUGGAACAAGGGUCUCCUAAAGUACGUCCUUACUCUGCGAUGGACGGCGUGCCCUUCUUCCUCAGCAGAGUCAAAGCGGAGCCCCCAGAAGACCUGCUCGCCCACGACCUGCACUUCCACACGCAGACCGAGCCCGUCGACCUGUCCAUCAACAAGCCCCGCCCCUCUUCUUUGUCCACCACCCCUACCACCACCUCGUCAUCCUCCCCCCUCCGCUACGCCUUCUCGCCGUCUUCUUUGUCGUCGUCCUCCUCCUCUUCCUCCUCCUCCUCGCCGUCGGUCAUCACCUCCGCGCCAUCGGUGCUCACGCCGGGCCCCCUGGUGGCCCCCGGAGGCGGGGUGAGAGGUCAGCCGUAUUUGCACAUCCUGCACUCUGUGCCGGCGCCUCCAUCCAGCCCCCUGAGUCUGCACGGAGCGGGCAAGCUGGGCGGCCAUGUGCACCGCAUACCGGUGGUGGUGCAGUCGCUGCCCCUCAUGUACACCACCGCCGUGCGAUCACCAUCCAGCCUCAACAACACCAUCAUGCUACCUCUGCUGGAUGAGGUGAAGAGCAAAGCACACACGGACCUGUCGCCAAGGCAGAUCAAGAGCGACAGCGACGACGACGACCUGCCAAACGUGACCUUGGACAGUGUUAAUGAGACCGGCUCCACUGCGCUGUCUAUAGCCCGCGCAGUACAAGACUCCAUGUCCCCGUUCAGUAUGGACAGCAUACGGCGCCCCCGGAGGUCAGAGUCACCCGAUUCCAAAAAGAGGAGAAUCCACAGGUGUGACUUUGAGGGCUGCAAUAAAGUGUACACCAAAAGCUCCCAUUUAAAAGCACACCGGAGGACACACACAGGGGAAAAGCCAUACAAAUGCACCUGGGACGGCUGCACGUGGAAGUUCGCCCGCUCCGACGAGCUGACGAGGCAUUACAGGAAACACACGGGGGUGAAGCCCUUCAAGUGCGCAGACUGUGACCGCAGCUUCUCCAGAUCCGACCACUUGGCCCUGCACCGACGGAGACACAUGCUGGUGUGAAUCGCCUCUGGACGGAGACGUCAACGAAGAGAGAGAGAGAGAGAGAUCAACAGACACACACACACGCACGCACACACACACACACACACACACACACACGGGCAGUCGGGGGAGCGGGACCUCCCCAUGAAUGUUUUUCAGCUGGCCUGGACGCGCACACGUGUACACACACACACACACACACGCAUGCACACACACACGCACACACACGCUCAUCCGUCACGAGGAAAGGAGGUGGAGAUGUGCACAGGGUCACUUCUGGAUCCCCUUUGGGUUGGAAGGAAUGGACGGCAGGAUCUGAUAUUGUUAUUCUUUGGAAUAUAAUAGGGAACUGUCUUUUACAGCACUGUUUGUACAUGUUUCACUCUGGUUUUUAAAGAUGAAUUCACACUCUUUAUUCGGACAAAACAAUAUAUAUAUAUAUUGCAAUGGCAAAGGUGUAUUUUUUGUUGGAAUCUUUCUUUUCUUUGUUGCUGCUUUUUCAGCACUCAUAAUGUGAAAGUCCACGAUGUGUGGAAGGGAUUUCCUGUGUGAGCAGGAGGAAGUUCUGCCCGGCCCGGAUCACUGGUUGGAGCUGCAGGCCGUGUUGUUGCGCCGCGGCCAGCAGAGGACGCCACCGGCAGCAAACAGGAGCCUCGCCGCUACCAGCCCAAUGGAUCGACCUCCUCAACCACUUUUACAGACAUUCGUUGCUUUAUUCCCAAACCAAGGAAACCGGACGCGCGGACCAUCGCACCAGCAAUGGCCCCGCUGACAGGGGCCAACUCCCCAAAUCUCACCAGUGCUGUUCUUUAUGUGAGCCUCUUGAAAGCAUUUCCUUAAAAAAUAGACACACGCACGUCUUUGGUGGAAUUUUUGCUGUGAUUAGCAAUCAGUUAAGUGCAAUCUAAAAGGAUAAAUAUCAUUUCAGUAUACCGAUGUUAUGUUUAUUGAAUCUUGCUUUUUUUCUUUUUAUUUCAUGCCUGCUUGUUUCGUUUCGUCUCAGAAGAAACACAACCCCUCAUGUACAGUGAACUUUGCAAACAAUCAGAGGAAAUUUCCAGAAUGUAAAAAAAAAAAAAACAACAACAACUGAGCGAAGGGCGACCAUGAAGCCCCGCCCCUUCGCUCCGGAGGUGACAAACAUGGCCGACCUCCUAACACAGAUUGGUUCCGUAGCUCCGCCACGAGGUUUAAUCUGGUCUUUUCACUUUUUUGGUUUAAUUUUUGUUUGUCUCAAACAGAAAAUCACUUGAAAUGUUCUCACCUCAGAUCAGAUAUGUGCGACGGGAUUUAGGAUUUGGCUACCGAAUAUGCUGAAAAAUGCAGGAGUAACAUCUGCACACACGCAUAGGACAUGUAUACAAAUAAAAAGAUGCACACGCCAUUUUAGAUGCAUUCACUGGCACGACUUCUCUUAAGUAGCACCUCAACCUCUAUUAGGAAAUGUAAUUAAUGAGUGCAUUUUUAUAGUCAUAGCAACAAAUAUUUUUAAAGGUUUUUCCAAUACUCCUCCGGCUGGGGAAGGCCUGCACCCAUAAACUCAGAGAGGCCAUCCCAUAACAUCCGUGCUGCUAAAUGCAUUCAUUGGACCGGAGCCAGUGAGAAGAAAAGGCAUCCCUGAAAACCACGCGUUCGCACACACACACAUACACACACACACACACACACACACGUCCUCACUUCUCAGCAAAGUAGCCAAAGUCCGGAAGUCGCCUCCACACAUGACUCCCACUCGAUGCAAUGGAGGAUGGUAAUGUGUGGUAUCAUAAUUUAUGCACAUUGUUUGCGCACAUGUCAUUAUGUCCAGUUGUAUUAUCAUUUUGGCAAAAACAUAUCAGCACCUUGUUUGUCUUUUAAGUACAAUUUUAUCUAAUUUCAGAUGUCGAUUUAUAAACGAAGUCAUUUUCGUGGUAUUUUAUCCUCCAUAUAUUGUAUAAGAACAUUUUAUUACUGAGGGGCACUUCAUCCUUGCAUAUAACUUCUUUUUUUUCUUCUGUAAAAAGGAUCUUUGGAAAUGUUGUAAUAUAUGUGACAGUGAAGAUGAAACUUAUUACAAAGUUCUACAGCCUGUAUAUACAUUGGAAAAUUAGGGCUUUUGAUUAGUAGAUGCAGGAAAUACAUUUAUACGUGUAAAGUCUUUUUUCCAGACUGUAAUUUAUCUAAUUUGAUAUACAGUGAAAUGGGGCUAAAGGUGUCCGUCUUGUAAAUUCCCACUUGUGACGUCACGGAGCAGUUUGCUUUCCUUGGUUUAUGGUUCAAUAAGCUCAUGGUCAAAUCAUUUCUACUCCCGAAAGGCUGAACCGGUGUUUGCUCCAAUCAACAAAUUAUUUAUAUACCAAUUUGACCGUAUUUAAGGUACUCUACUCCCUGUGUCGGCAAGAAACGAUGUUAAUCAAGCACAUAUCUGAGACGCUGGUAUUCAGUGUACGACGUUGCAUGCCUUAACGCGCCAUUUUCUCAAUUCGAUUGAACUUGAACACGGCGUCUCGGCGAGACAGGGUGUGUGUGAUAUUUCCCUCCAGUAUCUCUCUCCUCAUUUCAAUGCAUAAUUUUGUAACGGCAACCAGGGUCAAAGUUAUGCAAUAAUAAUGAAUAGUGCCUCAUAUUGCAAAACUCGUAACAUCAGCUGCUCUCUGCAGAGUUAAGAUUUUCUUUCAACGCGUGUGCUUAGACGAAUAAACAUCCGAUGGGAAAAGCAUCAAUUUUUGGACAAAAAGAACAGAAGACGCACAUAGGACAUUAUGCAAGUGGGACCUUUAAUGUUUAAACUUUCUCCUCCCACAGAGCCUUACGCCAUCGUGUCCAAUGCAGCGUCCUCCCACUAAACACGCUCACGUGGUUGCUUUUCUCGCAAUAAGUCCCCCCCCCCCCCCCUCCCAGGGGGGCGGACCGGAGAGUCGAAGGCCUCUCGAUGCUUCAGCUCCGUCCCGUCCAUUGAACACGGAGGACGGCGAGGAGAUCCCAAGUACACACUUCUCUAUUGGUUCCAUAUCUAUUUUGAACUUUCUGUUGUAACAUCUGCUUCUGAUUUCCUGGUUUUGAAGGUUUAAGUAGUGAAGCCUAUGUUUUUUCCAAGUUUGCUGAUAUUACGUACAGUAAUUGUUGUUCCCGUAUUUAUGUAAAGUGAGUGUAGUGUAAAUAUAUUCAGAUCUUUUCAUUCUUACCGGGGGAAAAAAAACAUUUAAAAAAUAUUCUGAAAUAAAUGUGAUGAUGCUCGGCGCCGCUUCAAAUGGAGAUUCUGCUCACAGAAUUCCACAUCUGUAAAAUUUGUAAUCCUGAUAUUUUUCAAAAAUUCAAGAACAGGUGUCCUUUUUCUUUUCUUUUUGUUGUUUACUGUUACGCUUUUUCUUUUUUCUCUCCAAGAGUUGUUGAAGUAUCCAGUCAGUGUUUUGCCUUUUUUCUCUCUGUAUUUUUUCAUAUGGAUGGAGCUGUGAAAUUAAAAUAAGUUCAAACAUAUACAUGUAUAUUAAUAUGAAUGGAGGCAUGAAGGUUAAUAAAGUUGCAUUUUGUAUGUAA